UGCUGUAAGGACAAUCUGAGGAGGAGGGAGGGAGGGAUGGUGGUCUGAAUACAUCUAAUGAGCAGCAGUUUCAUCUGUGGGAGAGGGAGGAAAAAAAACACCAUCACAAGGUACUGAUAAAGACGAGAAGAACAAGCACUCCCAAACAAAGGAGCAAGUCAAUGCUAGCAUCAGAAGCUGCUGCAGGCACAACUAAUUCCAUCCUUGCCCUCUAUCUGGGCUGCACUGUGGCCAGGUAUCCCAGCACGAAGAGGGUAAGAUUGGAAUUAAGAACUGGAGUUGACUACGAUCCAGGUUGGAUCUGAUAACAGCCAUGAAUUCUUCACUGAUGACCCGAGGAGCCAGUGAUGUUCUGGAGGAACUCCAGCUGCUCACAGCUCAGAACCUGGAGAGGUUGGAGGUGAAUAAAUACUACGAGGUGAUUAGAGAGCUGGGGAAAGGCACCUAUGGCAAGGUUGACCUGGUUAUCCAUAAGGUCAGAGGUACCAAAAUGGCCUUGAAGUUCCUGAGGAAGAAGACCACCAAACUGAAGAGCUUCCUCAGAGAGUACAGCAUCUCCCUGUAUCUCUCAGCCUCACCUUUCAUCAUUGAUAUGUUUGGGAUCGCUUUUGAAACAGAUGAAUAUUAUGUGUUCGCCCAGGAAUACGCAACUGCGGGAGACCUGUUUGAUAUCAUUCCUCCACAGGUUGGCCUUCCUGAACAGAUUGCCAAGCGCUGUGUGCACCAAGUUGCCUUAGCACUGGACUAUCUGCACAGCAGGAAGCUGGUACACCGCGAUAUCAAACCAGAGAACAUCCUCAUCUUUGAUAAGGAGUGCCGCAAAGUUAAACUGUCUGACUUUGGGAUGACUCGUCGGGCUGGCACACCUGUCAAACGGGUGAGUGGCACCAUCCCUUACACUGCCCCGGAGCUCUGUGAUGCCUCCAAACAUGAGGGCUUCUCAGUGGAAUACAGCAUUGAUGUCUGGGCUUUUGGGGUCCUACUCUUCUGCAUGCUGACGGGAAACUUCCCCUGGGAGAAAGCCCUCCUGUCAGACUCUUUCUAUGAUGAGUUUGUGAGAUGGCAGAAGCGUCGAGGUGCCAAUGUGCCAUCCCAAUGGAGGCGAUUCACUGACGACGCUCUCCGCAUGUUCCGGAAACUGCUGCCUGUUGAACCGGAGAGGAGGUGCUCUGUCAAGGAGAUCUUCAGGUACCUGAGCUACCGAUGGAUGCUGGACACAGAUUGUAGCAAUAACAUUGCUGAUGUGAGCUCUUCCUCUGAAGAAGAUCUGGUGGCCAGGAUGAAGCAACAGAGCUUAUCCCCUGUCUGCACCAUUGCCAAGAGCAGCGUUUCCAUGGAAACACCAUCCUCACGCUUCUCCUCCAUGACAACAUCAAGCUCCCUCUCAUCCAACAGCAGCUAUGAGCGAGCAACAAGGGAGAGCAGCAACACCAGAAUUCUGGUGGCCACGCCAAUUGAAAUCUGCGUUUAGAUUACACAGUCUGUGUCCCAGGAUGUGGAUGGCUUGAACCGUGAUAGGAAAGCACAUGUUAAAGAGUAACACUUAUUAUGGAAGGAAUGCUACUUCAGAAGUCAACACGAUCCUCCAGCUGGGCUCAGACUCAGGCUUCCAAUGGGGCUUUGUGUCAAACACAGCUCUUCAGAGCUUUCACCCUAAGCUGAUUCUUAUCCAGUUGUGACUGAGUUGCUUUGUGUCUUUGGGUCAGUCAAGUUGAGAGAUGUCACGAGAAGCCCUUGGCCCAACCCUAACACUUUUAAAGCAAUAUGCUCAAUUUGUGUUGAUUCCAUGGGUGACAACAAGAGAGGUGGCAGAAUAACUGUCCAAAUCUCAAAUGGACAUGACUGCAGCAAGGAUCUUUACCGCUUAGGCUCAGCUCCUACGCAAUGAUCCUUCUUUACAUUCUGCAAGAGGCAAGGAUGUUGCCCAGUGAUCAAAUCUGAGGCAGCUCCUACUGUUCAAGUGACUUUCUUCUUAAGGGCUGGUCAGUGUUCACCAGGAGGAUGGCUCAGUCAGCACAAGUCUUCACUAUUUACACUGACCUUUCACUAAUGUGACUGUCACUUCCUGUAAGAGAUCAUGCUAAUCCAUUCUUGGUUUUUUUUAAAAUAAAAAUGUUAACACGAGCAAUUUUCUCACUUCACAGUCUUCACCCUCCACCCUCCUUGGCACAGCCAGCAUGUUAAGCUGCUAAAUUUCCUAAUAUCUCAUUUAAUAAGACUGAAUUUACAAGACCAUGAGGUUAACAUGUAUUAAGCAAAAAAAAAUAACAUUUUGAGGUAAUUGCUCGAACUUAAGGAGGCAAGAGAUCAAUUAAUUCAGUCGAACAAUCUCGAGCAAAGGCUCUUGUGGCAAGUUAAAUAUAAUUAUUAUGCUAAUUUAAUUAAGUGAUGAGACUUGAAGGCAUCUAAGCCACUUAAACCUCCCUAAAUGUCUGUCUGUUUCCUUUGUUGCAGUAUAGUCCAGAUGAGCCAAAGGGUCUGUUUCUGUGUUGUAGAUUCUGUGUUUCUCUCCUGCACCACUGCACACUUGAGAAGACUCAUUACUGCAUUUUCUGUCCUUCUGUGUUUCACUGUGAUCCUGACAGUGAUGCCUGAACAGGACUGGUACUGCAGUGUAGCUGCCUACCAUGCCAUUUAUUGCUUUAUCACUUACAGUCCGGUGGGCUCACUUACAAUUGGUCAGCCAGCUCACAGAUCGAUGAGGAGCUAAUCUUGGAGACAGACAAAGCUUGAGGAGAAUGAGGGAGAAAGAAAACUGGUGGGUUGUAAGUAAAAGGGUCAGAGAUGGAGACUGCAAUGAAACCCAUUCACCUAUCCCACACAAUGUGCAAAAAGUGUUGAGUUAGGCCUUUAUGUGGUGAAGAUCAGAGAGUGGGGUGUGCCUUUUAAAAUCCAGGCACUUGCAAAUGUAAUGCUAUUCUCGUGACAUUUUCCUGAUUGGGUUUCUCAUUUUCCUUUUUCUCUCUGACUAAAUCAGAUUUUGGUGCAUGGACUUUGGAUGAGGAUCAUUGAGCUCAGACAGUUUUCAGUGAUACCUGCAGUGAAGAUGUUUUCAUUCAUUUUGAUUUGGGAGUCAGGAAGCUCUGGCUUGAUAUAUCACUGAAAGUAUGCAAGAGCAGUGGAUGGCAUUUAGGUAAUUUUACAGUGCAAGAAUAAAGAUGAGUUGUCUCUGAUGUUAAGAGAUUAGAUGUUUAAAACACACAGCAAGAAGAACCUUGACUAUAUCAGAUGACUGUGAUUAUGGACACUGGGGCAGUUUUUAACUUGUCUAGUGGGAAAUUGUCAGGAUUCCCUUAAGUCAAGUAAAAUAUAUCAAGCAGGGAAUAUAAAGCAGAUGGAUGUGGCAAUUCUAUUCGCAGAUUUGGUGAAAGUGACCGUGCACCGCUGUAAUUAGGGUGACGUUCAUUCUGUCAUCCCAUGGGCUGUUGACAUCGUGCCCUUAUGGAUAGUCGGCAUAGCCAGCCAGUAUGUUCCUGUCACCCAGUUCUCUUGCCUUCUGCCAAGCGAGCUGACUGGCAUCGAAUGCUUUUGCAACAAAAGCCUUUCCAGUCAAUUGGAUCAUUAAACGUUACCUUUGGCUUUUGGGAAGAAACCCAGUUAACAAUGCAAAAAAAUAACAGAACAUGAAAAGGUAAUUGGGGCUAAUUGUAUCUCAGGACACUAGAGCAAGAAUUAGUGAGCAGUGGAGAAAUAGACAUGACCAAAUCUGUAGCAACUGUUUGACAGGGCAUUUGGUCAACUUAGGCCAAUAAACCUUGAGGCAUGGUAACACAUCACCAUCCUUACCGUUGCUGCCUUACCGUUGCGCAGCAGUUGUGUUUUUGAAUCCUGUUGCCUGUCAAUAUCUUUCACCUUUUACCCUAGUGAGCCCCCACCCUUUAAAUAAUAUAUAUUUGAGUUUGUAUAUCGAAUAGAUCACAAUCCUAUGUAUCUUCACUGUGCUUACUAGAAGUGUUUCUAAUGUUAAUAUGUGUGCAAUAUGUAUGAUACGGUACCACAUUUAAUGUAUAAUUUUACACUGGAUUGUCAUAUCUAUUUUUUUUAUUGAUCUGAAAAAUGAAAACAUAGGGCUAUGAAACAGAUGUCAUAAAGAGAGCUUUACACUACCUGAUGUGCUCUGCAUUUGUAUUUAUCCUACAAAGACCCUCGAGUGUCACCCAGCUGUGAAGUGGAGCUGAAGAUCAGACCAGUCCAGCAAGGUUUAGUCUACGUGACUGGAGAGAGUGGGACAACAUUCCACUCUCUCUCUCUCUAUCUCAUUACUGCCAAAUAACAUUUGUGCUUACCCCAUCGUCAAGACGGCAGCAGAUUUGGUAACGUCAAGCACCAAUGGACAGCUGCAUAAUCGUUAGCAUGGAAUUUGAAAGGACCAAUUCUUGGAAAAAAUCAUUCACUGAAGACCGGUGGAUGAACAUUGCGAGAACAUCUUGACAAAGACUAUAUUUGAACUGAGAAUUGCAGUUGACCAAUGCCAUGCUUUAUGCUAAUAAUUGGCAAUUAAACUAGAUAGUUAAUGUCCAUCAGCAUUUAGAAAUGCACUCAAUCGCUUCUUGUAGACAACGCAACACUCCCAUAGAGCAGCUAGGACCUCCCCCACGUAGACCCAGUCUCCAAGCUGUAGACAGGGCCAUUGGGCCACCAAACCUGUGUUUGAAUUUCAGUGCAGUGGGUGUGUUUCUGUUCAAAACUCCUUGAAGUUUCGUUCCUCAGUGAAUAGUAUGUGGUUUUAACUGUCUGUGGUUUUGUGACAGCAAUGCGUUCUUUUAGUAUCUGGAGUUUUAGCUCUUAGCUAAAAUGUUUCCCGAGGCUGUUUGAGCCGUACGAUCGAUUCAAUGGUUGCAAUACAAUUUGUCUUCCUGUAAGACUUUCUUUAUAAUUUGAUUAAAAUGACCUAAAAAUAAUUCCCCUAGUCGAGUCCCUUUGUUGAAGUGAGGGAACAGAGGUGCACACUCCACGUCAAGUCUGGGGAAAACACGGUACAUGUAUGGAGAGAGCAAAGGACGUGAUACAUGAUUGGGGAAGGUUUGGUAUAUGUCUUAAACCUGGUGAGUUCACAGUGCACAUUACAGAUCAGGAGCAAGCUCGACACGCUUACAGGUAGAAAGCACAAGAUAGAGAUAAGGAGAGGAAAAAGCAGAUAGUCAGAAUAGGGAGAGAGCACUUUAUGUGACAGAAACAGGCACAGCAUACAACCAAAAAUGAACAGAUUGUGUACAACAUUUAUAGAAUACAGAGACGGUGUGAUACUGGUGGAAAUGCAGGGAGAACAAUACAUGGUAGAAAUUGGGAAAAAAACCUAGUAUAUGACAGAUUGCAAGACAUCAACAGAAAAGGAGAAGGAGAUAUGUUGCUUGAAGGAUCAAUCUUCACAGGGAAUAUUGAAGAAUGACAAUGGUACGAUUCUGUGGUUAAAAUAUGGUAUUGUAGGAGAAUUACUCUAGUCUUUGUGUACCAACUUUGUAAGCUCAAUCAAAAAUAAAGUGCUUACAGUGGCUUAAAAA